AUCCACCCUGGGAACUGUUGCUAAUGUUACAAAGAACAGUCAUAAUUCACUAGUGUUAAACUUAUCCUUAUCUGAGCCUCUCCUCCAUGGUAACUGCAAACUGCAGUGCGCCAGUAAGAGACUGUGAAGGAGAGAGCAGGCAGAAAGGGCAGGCGUUAUUCUAAACAGAACAACUGCAGCAGCUCAGCUGUCAAACAGCCGCCCUUCAGAUCACAUCUGCUCAGCAAUGCUAAGUACAAGUCAAUGAAGAGGUGAGAUAUUAACUGAAAGGAGCCGGUGAGCCACUAACUCGGAUUCUGGUUGAAGUGGAGCUUGAAGUGUUAGGAUAUAUGCAGCAUGGAACAAAAAACAAAGUCCUUGAAGUUUUUUCUUCAGUCCUUCCUGGUUCUGGCCCUUCAUAAUUUUACUGGAGCACAGCAUGAAGAUAUGAGAUCCAGCUGCAGAACUGCUGCUAGUGAUCUAGUUUUUAUUUUAGAUGGCUCAUGGAGUGUUGGGGAUACAAAUUUUGAAAUAAUUAAAAGAUGGCUUGUCAAUAUUACUAGUAACUUUGAUAUUGGCCAAACAUUUACACAAGUUGGGGUUGUUCAAUACAGCGAUAACCCUCUCUUGGAAAUCCCACUUGGAAAAUAUGCUUCAAGUGAAGAACUUAUAGAAGCCAUGGAAUCAAUACAAUACAUGGGGGGCAAUACCCAAACAGGUAUAGCGAUAAAAUUUGCUUGGGAAAAUAUGUUUGCUCACUCUGUCAGAGCUGCUAAUGGUGUAACAAAAAUAGCAGUCGUACUGACUGAUGGAAAAUCCCAGGAUGAAGUGAAGCAUGCUGCAGAGGAAGCAAGGAAGAAUAGAAUCACUCUGUUUGCCGUUGGAAUUGGAUCAGAAACAGAGGAAGCAGAACUAAACGCAAUUGCCAACAAGCCAUCAUCCACUUACGUGUUUUAUGUCGACGACUACUUAGUAAUUUCCAGAAUUAGAGAAAUGAUGAGCCAGAAGCUCUGUGAAGAAACGGUUUGUCCAACAAGAAUCCCAGUAGCAGCUCGUGAUGAAAAGGGCUUUGAUAUUCUACUUGGUGUAGACAUUGCCAAAAAAGCGAAAAGAACUCAAGGAUCUUACUUUGGUAGUAAAGCCUAUCUGGUGACAUCACAGGUUGACUUAACUGAAAGCACAAGCAAUAUAUUCCCUGAUGGUCUACCUCCAUCUUAUGUCUUCGUCACCACAAUGAGGUUUAAAGAGCCAGUAACUCAGGAGAAGUGGGACCUCUGGAGGAUUCAAGCUCUUGAUGGGACUUCCCAAAUUGCUAUUACAUUUAAUGGACAAGACAAGACAGUAAAGUUUACUACAACAAGCAUGGGGAAUGGCACACAGAAAGUGACCUUUACAUCAUCUGGAUUAAAGAAACUGUUUGAUGAAAACUGGCAUCAGUUACGCCUCCUUGUAACACAGGAGGAGGCUACAUUGUAUGUUGAUGGCCAGCAGAUUGAAACUGUGAAACUGGGUCCUGUUCUUGGUAUCUACAUCAGUGGGAAAACACAAAUAGGAAAGUACUUCAGCAAAGAAGAAACUGUACCGUUUGAGCUGCAGAAGUUAAGAAUCUACUGUGACCCAGAGCAAAAUAAUCGUGAAACUGCAUGUGAAAUCCCUGGAAUUUGUCUAAAUGGUCCUGGUGAUAUUGAUAUUGAGCCAACUUCAGCUCCUUGCACAUGCCCUCCAGGACCACCUGGGCUACCAGGUUUGAAGGGAGAGUGUGGGCGGCCUGGGGAUCCAGGGGACCCAGGAAGACCUGGUACAGAUGGUAAGCCUGGUAUGCCGGGAUUUCAUGGAAAUCCAGGACAGCAAGGCUCACCAGGUAUUCAGGGACCACGUGGGAUGAUAGGAUACAAAGGAGAGCCUGGAGGUCCUGGUGAUUCGGGUGAGCGAGGAGUUCCUGGAUUACCUGGUUCACCUGCACCAAAAGGAGAAAAGGGCUCUCAAGGUCCUAGAGGGGAACAUGGACUGCCCGGGAUUGAUGGGAAAAUUGGUGAAAAGGGAGACAAAGGAUCUGCAGGAUUGCCUGGACCAUCUGGACCUCGUGGAACCAUUGGUCGUAACGGACAAGAUGGUAUGCCUGGAAUUGAUGGUCAAAAGGGAGAAGCUGGACAGCCGGGCAUUCCUGGCAGAGAUGGAAUUCAGGGUCACCCUGGGAUCCCUGGAAGUCCAGGAAAUGAGGGCCCCAUGGGGGUUAAGGGUGAUACAGGGUUACAAGGUGAAAGGGGGCCAAAGGGUUCCACUGGAAUUUCUGGAGAGAUGGGGUUACCUGGCUUGCCUGGUUCACCUGGAAUUCCUGGAUUUAAGGGCAGUAAAGGUGGGACUGGAUUGCCAGGCAUGCCUGGACUUCAGGGAAUACAGGGAAAGCCAGGUGAACCAGGAAUGGCAGGUGAACAAGGGCAUCCAGGUUUGCCUGGGAUUAAAGGACACAAGGGUGACAAGGGCAAUCAAGGUGAAACAGGAAACCAGGGCAUUGUGGGAGGAAAGGGAGAGCCAGGAAGACCAGGAAAUCAGGGUAUAGCAGGACCAUCAGGAUUAAAAGGAGUGAAAGGUGAACAUGGAGAACCUGGCAUAAGAGGUCAAGAUGGCCUUAGAGGAGAACAUGGUCAUCCUGGCAUGAUAGGACCUCGAGGUCCAAGAGGAUUAAAUGGAGCUACAGGACCUUCUGGAUCACCAGGAAUAGAAGGGAGACCUGGAAGAGAGCUUUCAGAAGAAUUCAUUCGACAUAUUUGCUUGGAUGUCCUAAGAACUCAGUUGCCCUCCUUCUUACAUAAUGGAAGGACUAGAAGCUGUGAUGUUUGUCAAACACGAAAAGGUUCGCCUGGGUCACCAGGGCCUAUCGGGCCCCAGGGCUCCAGAGGAUUUUCUGGCCUACCUGGUUCAAAUGGUUUACCGGGACGUAGGGGUUCACCUGGCCUUCCUGGUAUCCCUGGAAUUAAAGGAUAUGCUGGUGAAAUCGGGCCAAAGGGAAACCAAGGAAUAGGAAUACCUGGUGAUCCGGGCAGUCCAGGUCUACCAGGUCCAAUAGGACCGCCGGGAAUUAGCAAAGAAGGCUAUCCAGGAAAACCUGGUCCCAGAGGACACAACGGGGAUCAAGGGAAGCCUGGAAUACCAGGGGCCCCUGGGGAACCUGGAAUGUGUGACCCAUCUUUGUGUUAUAGGGUAAUGGUGGGAAGGGACCCCUUCAGGAAAGGGCCAAAUUACUGAUCUUGUGAUACUCGACCAGCCAGGCUGGAUAUGGUGCUUAACUAAUGAAAACACAUCUUUCAAGUCUCAGGAAGAUCACUUUUUAACAGUUUUUCCUGUAAUGGGGGCAGGAGUACCUCUAUUUCACUCGCAUGUAUGAAAAGCCAUACACGGGCAAACAAAAAAAUAUGCUUGAAAUCAACGAUCAAUAUAAAUUCACACAAUGGGUUCUGUUUAUGAUCUAAACAACAGUUGCCAAUGAUCUCACUACUGCCAUUGUCAACACUCAUUGUAUUUUUUUAUAUUUAGUGGUUGGUAACAAGAAGCAAAUAAAUCACCCCUUGGGGAAAACACCAACGGGUUGCAGUAUUACGAUUAGAUUAAAUGUUUAGAUAUUAAUAAUAGUUGCCAUGAUCAUGCAUUCAACACUUUAAUACUGCACUUGUAUCCAAAAGUGAGCAGUUAAAGUUGGCAACUUCAGGAUCACAAACCUGUCAAAGGAUCACAAUCAAAAUGUAUUAUUCAGUACACAAAGCAUAUACAUGUACACCCAUGUAUGUUGAUCUUAGACAGCUAUACUUGCCUUUUAUACUCAGUGUUGCUUAUUCUUUACCUAGGUUAUGAUAAUUGCCAUGAUUACAAAUGCAUGGCUAAGCCACUGUUUUAACGUAUUCAGUGAUACUUUUAUAAGAUUAAUACCUGCAUUAUUCUGUUUUUACCCAGACAGAACUGAGCAUCAUCAGGGCUUCCUUUCCUGAUAUUGUGAACUGGUGGCACAGUAACUUGUGCUCACGCUUUACCAGAUGUAAUUGUCAAGUUUGCUGUCUCACAUUUUACUCACGAUUCACUAGCACUAUUUUCAUGAAGUUGACAAGCCCAUUUAAUUACAUUUGCUGUUUUAUUGUCAUAAAAUGGUUCAUUGUAUUGCUCCCAAAUAAAUACUUCUUCCCUUUUGAUCACGGUGAACAAGAAGGAAAAAUAAAAUGUCCCUCUUCUCUUGAUAGUUAACAUUAACGGUAAACUAUUUUAACUAUGCGGUUAUCUUUUCACUAUUCCAGGCUUUUAGUUUUUGAUUAUGUAGAUUAGUUUCUUAACUUCAGUAAAUGUUUCUGAAACAAGCCAGUCAUUGAAUCUAAUUAAAUGGAAAUGUCCAAUUUUCCAUCCACUUGACUGCUUUUUAGAAAAAACAAAGAGAUCAUUACCAAAUACAGUUAUAUGCUAAUGCUUAUGCUUUGGCACUUGGGAAAGCAACAAUAGAUGUUGUCGACCUAUUCGCUUUUGUAAGGUGUUGUGAUACAGCUCAUCCCAAAGUGUUCAUUUUCAGCCAAGGAAUAAGCCCAUAUUUAUAUUUACAUCAAUAAUGCAUUGUUUUAUGUUGCUUUGUAGUCAUGCAUUAUCUUGUAGCUUCAGCUCAUUUUCUGGUAAAUAUGGAGACAGAAGAAUCAGCAAAUCUUACAAAGCUCAUACAGCAAGAUGUCUUACUGUAAGUUACUGGCACUUUCCAUGAUUUACUUUUCCUCUGUUUUGUUAAAUACUAUUUAAAUUAGAGCAGCACUUUGAAUGUAUGCUUACCUUCAUUUAAAUGCUUAAUAAAAAUUGCAGCACAAAUACAAAGUGGAAUUCUAAGUAUAAGAACAUACAGGAUUGUGGCUAUUGGUGAAUGUAAUUAUUAUUAUUUUUUUAAACAACACAAUUUAUGUUGAGUUUUUAUGGGAAUGCAUUAGCCUUUUUGAUAAACCCUCACCCUAACCCUAGUCAAAAAUCGAGCUCAUUCUAUGGAUCUCAAGAUGUUGUACAAUAAUGUGGUUCUCUUUAGGCAGUGAUACAGCUGAUAAAAUGGACUCACAGACCAUUACAAACCAUCUGGGGAUUGACACAGCUACCUUUUCCUCUGUUCUCAUGCAUAAAAUGAAAUUGCUUGAGGGAGAAGAGUGUGAUCAACCAGGUCUUGGACAUUUGUAAUAAUAUUAUAUUACAGUAUAUAGUUCAAUAAUAAACAACACCUUUUUGUUCAACUUCAUCCACAGCUUUGUUACAUAAUCACGUUGGACUUUGCUGAUAAACUUAUUUUGUUAAGUAUACAUUGGCUAGAGCUUUGGAUAUUUUAUUUACGUGCCUACCAGAAAUGCAAAACCUCAAAAGUUGAGGGUAAAAACGAAAUCUAUUGAACACAACCAAACGUUUUCAUUGACAUUUAACUUUGCAGGAGUGAAAAAAAAUACCAGAAUUGCAUGCAUGACCUAAGAAACAAAAACAAGUUGUGUGGGAAAGAAAAAAAAAUGACCAACAAAUGAUGGGAAAGUCCUGGGUGCCAAAAAACUACAGCCGUCUCCCAUGAUGUUGCUGCAAGGGCUUAUACAAUGAUACAGUAAUUCAAAUUAACGAGCAAUGUAACAAUUUUUUUAAAUAAUUUGCUGUAAUCUCUACUACUUUUUGUGUAAAUUGGUUUUAUCAAUACAAAAAGCCAAUAAUAAUAAUAAUGAUGUGUGUUAUUAGAUACAAUUCUACUUAUUUCUGUUUCAUUGCUGCGUAUUUUCAUUUUUCUUGGACUAAUGGUAGCGUAGAUUAAUACUAACUCUUUGAAGUAAGCUUUCUGUAUCAUGCUGAAAUUACAUCCAUUAAAGAACACAUUUCUUCUAUGCAUGGAAUUGUGCUUGAAAUGUGGCUUUGUUAGUUUGGGAAUUACCACCUCAUCGACUGAUCAUUAUUUAUGAAAUGGAAUGAUUUAGAUGUUUGCCAGUGUCAUUUCCUGUAGCAAAUUCUAGUUUUUAAAUCUAGUUUGCAUUUUAUAUUACAACUUUUGUUAUGACCUUUGCUGUCUUGAACAUCAAUAAAUACGUUUUUUA